AUGGAAGUUGUGGUGGCUUUACAAGCGUUGACCAAUUUAUCGUUAAAUAUUUCUACAGAGCAGAUCCCACAAUUUGUCCCCGCUAUUCCCCACUGCUUAUCCCGAUUAUGGGUUCGUGGAGAGCCCAACCUAAAUGCUCUUCGCCUACUUGUGAAUCUCAGCUGCUGCCCCGAUAUGGUCCCAUAUAUGCUUGGAGCAAAAGGAGUAAGUGGUCUUCUUCGUCUUUUGGACACAGACCGAGAAGAGGUGCUACUCCGAGCAAUCACAUGGUUACUUUGCACUUCAUCAGCUGUAGAUGCACUGCAUUUGACAUAUGAUCGAAUAGCAUGUCAUAAUCAGGUUGGCAACCCAGAUAUGACCCUUACGAUUGUUUGA